AUGAAACUUUCUAUAUCUCAACUAUCCUAUCUACAUUCUUCUUUACUUCAGGUUCCGCCUAUAAGACCGGAUGCUAGAAGUCCUACUCAGUUUCGUCCUUUAUUUGCACAAGUAGAUAUUCUUCCAUUAGCUUAUGGGUCAUCACAUAUUAAAUGGGAUAAUACAAGUGUUAUUGUUAGUAUUAAGGCAGAAAUAAUUAACUCAGUGGAUCUAGAUAUUUUAAGAAAAUGCAAAAAAGGUGGUAAAAUAUCUGUUAAUGUAGAAAUAUUCCCUAAUACAUUUCAUGAAAACAACGACGAUGAAGCUAUGUCUGCAUUUCUUACUCAGUCAAUAUUACAAUCUUUAUCAGGCAUUAGUCUUGAACAUCUUUUAGUGACACCAACUAAGGCUUGGUCUAUAUUUAUAGACGCAGUUGUAAUUUCACCAAAUAAUCAUGCUCUUCCAGCACUUGCAUUAGCUGUUCGUCUUGCACUUCAAACAACUAAAUUACCUCAUAUUAUAGCACAUAUUGCGCCCGGGUCUAUAGAUACAGAUAAAAUUGCACAGGAUAUUGGUUCUGGAGAUUUUGAAGUUGAUUAUGAUUUAAAAAAUGGAGUGCCAAUACCUGAUAUUGAAAAAGUUGGUGUAAUUAUUUUUGUUGGAAAUGUUGGGGACAAUAUUUUUUAUGAUUUAAGUUGGGAUGAAAUAGCAGUUGCUGAUGGAAUUCUUGCAGUGGGAGUUCUUAAGGAUGGACAAAUCACAUAUACUCGAAGAAUUCAUGCAUCUAGUAAUUAUAAAACAUCAAAUUAUGGCUUAAAAAGUUCAAUUAUAAAAAGUAUGCUUGAAGGUGCUGCAAAUAUGGGGAAAGAAUUAAUUCAGAAAAGUGAAGAAGAUGUAAUUCACCAUUCCAGUAAUCUCCAAAUGGGCUUUUCUUAUUCUUUUUAA